AUGUUUCCUGGACGUAGUGGCCCACAGGGUUCUUCUCAAGUGGACUUUAGCAUUAUUGAAUAUUGCGAUCGUUUAAAAAAAGAAUUUAGUGUAUUACAACAACAGUGUCAAAGUCUAAAAUUUGAUUGUGAAAAAUUAGCACAAGAAAAAAUUGAAGUUCAUCGUCAAUAUGUUAUGUAUUAUGAAAUGUCCUAUGGACUUAAUGUUGAAAUGCAUAGACAAUCAGAAUUAGCUAAACGAUAUUUAGCUAUAUGUCAUCAAAUAAUUCCAUGUUUAUCACAAGAACAACAAAAUCAGGUAGCGGCAACACUUGAACGUGCUAAACAAGUUACUGUUGCAGAAUUAAAUGCUAUUAUUGGGCAACAAAUGCAUGGUCAAGGUGCUGCUUUUCCUCAUGGACAUAAUCAAUCACCUCAUUUAGCAGCAUUGACUGCUGCUCAUGCAGCAUCUCCCUUUGGUUUACCUGGUGGAGCUGGACUUCCUCCUGGCCUUCUUGCUUUACAAGGUGCUGCAGCUGCUGCACAACAAGCAUAUCUUAAAGAUGAAAAAGAUAAUCUAGAACGUGCAGAAAAAGCAGCAGCAGCGGCUGUAGCUGCAGCAGCUGCAGCCGCAGCAUCAUCACAUAAACGAAGUUCAAAUUCUCCUCAUCAUAUGACUGAUAAAUAUCGUGGUCAUAGUCGUUCACCACUUGAAUCUCAUGAAUCAAAAAAACUCAAACGAGAUGAAGAUAGUGAUGGUGAAAAAAGUGAUGGUGAUUUAGUUGUUGAUGAUGCAAACGAAAAUGAUAAACAAUUAAUGAACGGUUCUCGUUCACCUCUUGAAAAUGGUGAUGCAUCAAAACUAAAUUCAGCAUCACGUCAUAAACAAUCACAUAAUGAUGAUAGUAGUCGAAGUCCACAUAGUGAUAAUGGUUCAUCACGUAGUACACCUUCACAGAAGGGUAGUGAAAAAAGUGGUUCAGCACCAAUAACAACAACAGCAACGAAUACAUCAUCGAGUGGCAACGGUGGAAAUUCAAUGAACAAAACAAGCUCGCGUAGUGGCAGCAACAGUGGUGUUCGUCAUUCUCCGAAACUUCCUCCAGCUGCUAUGUUUGGUCCAUAUGGCGCAUUCAUUCCGGAAAACUUUGCUGCAUUUGCUGCUGGUCUAAAUCCAACAUCUGUUCUCAAUGCAGCAGCAUUCGCCGCUAGUGGUACAAGCAAUAAUCCAACGCAUUUAAAUUCGACGAACAAUUUUUCAUCACGAUCAUUACAUCCAUCAACAAAUUUCAAUGAUCUUUAUACAGCUAUGCGUAUUCCUCAACAGCAACAACAACAACAACAACAACAACAACAGCAAAAUCCUCUAUUAACAAUAACAUCAACAAUUGCUGCAGCAAGUGGAAAUAUAUUUGAACGUAAUGGAACUAAACAACAUUAUUCAUUUCAUUGUGAUUCAUUUGAUCCAUCACCGUCAUCAUCUUUAUUACAACCAUAUACAUUUCCAUCAGAUGCAUUUGAUAGUUUAGGUUGUCCACGUCGUACACGAAUUUUAAGUAGUUUAUUACAUGGAGAUGUUGUUUGUGCAGUAACAAUAUCAGAUCAAAAUAAACAUAUAUAUACAGGUGGAAAAGGUUGUGUAAAAAUCUGGGAUUUAAAAGAGAGUAUAUAUAAUAAUACGAAUUCAAAUGGUAGAAAUUCACCAUUGACAAUAAGUAAACCUGUUGGUCAAUUUGAAUGUUUGAGUCGAGAUGCUUAUAUACGUUCUGUAAAACUUUUACCAGAUGGUCGAACAUUAAUUGUUGGUGGUGAAGCAUCAAAUAUUUCAAUAUGGGAUCUUAAUUUAACACCAUCAACACCAAAUGGUUCUGCAUUAGGACGUGAUGGUAGUAAUUCAAAUUCUUCAACAUCAUCAAAUAGUUCAACAUAUACACCUGUUAUAAAAUUAAAAGGAGAAUUACAAUCAAAAGCAGCUGCUUGUUAUGCAUUAGCUAUAUCAACAGAUGGUAAACUUUGUUUUAGUUGUUGUUCAGAUGGAAAUGUACUUGUUUGGGAUAUACAAAAUCAAAUAAUUGUUCGACAAUUUCAAGGUCAUAAUGAUGGUGCAAGUUGUAUUGAUUUAACACCUGAUGGUUUACGUGUUUGGACAGGUGGUCUUGAUAAUACUGUACGUUGUUGGGAUAUACGUGAAGGUCGACAAUUACAACAAUAUGAAUUUGAUUCACAAAUAUUUUCACUUGGUUAUUGUCCAACAGGUGGUGAUUGGUUAGCUGUUGGUAUGGAACAAAGUUUAAUUGAUAUAUUAAAUGUAUCAUCAACUAAACCUGAUAAAUAUCGUUUAACAUUACAUGAAAGUUGUGUACUAGCAUUAAAAUUUGCACGAUCAGGUCAAUGGUUUGUAUCAACAAGUAAAGAUAAUCAAUUAACUGGUUGGAAAACACCAUAUGGUGCAAAAUUAUUUGAUAAUAAAGAAUGUUCGUCUGUAUUAAGCUGCGAUGUAUCACAAGAUGAUAAUUUCAUCGUGACCGGUUCCGGUGAUAAAAAAGCGACUUUAUAUGAAGUUAUUUAUGAACGAUAA